AACAAUAUUUAUCUGGAAAGUUAAGUCACCUAUCGGCUACACAUCAGGAAUCCGAAAGUACUACUCGAGCAGCCGAUGUACUAUCGCGAAUAAAAACAGAUAACGUCGUCAUCUCCAGUCAAUUGAUACCAAAAUAUUUAUCACAUGAAAGUAAAGAAUUCGAUCGGAUGAUCCUCGGUCUCCGUCAACAAACUGGCACUGUUAUUUAUACGGAAGAAUUACGAGCUAUUGCAUUUCUCAUUGAUCAACUUCAACGUAUUAAAUUAGAAAAAUAUCUUUAUACGACAUAUUUACGUUCUGGUCAGGACUAUAAGAUUAUUCUAUAUCAAAUACCUAUUGAAAAAGAAAUCAUCCGUAUUGAAUAUGAUUUCUUUGAUCGAUUAUCCGAACUUGAAUUUUAUAGUGAAAAUUCAAAUGCGUAUCAAAAACAACUAUUUCAAUAUCUUACACAAAAGAAAUUUGAUAUGGAGAAAUCAAAACUAGAACUUGCUCUAUUAAAACAGCGUAUCACUCAUAAUCAUCUACCAACAUCAUUUGAUAAACUCGAAAUAUCGAUACCUACUCCAAUACAUACAAUAAUGGAUACGGAGACAGCUCAAUCUCUAAAAGAAGGCGAAAUCACUGAUUCAGGCGAAGAUGUUGAACAAGAUAUUGAUCGAUGCGAUGAUAUCUUUCAUGAAUAUGGUGACGAUAUAGAUGAAGAUGAAGAUAAAAAUAUUGAGUUUGAUAAUCUUCAGCGAACAAUCAUUGAAAAGAAAGAUGAAUCUAACGAAAAUGAUCACACGAAGAGUAUAAUUCCAAAUGACAAGUUACAUGAUAAUGACUCGAGUGGAAUUUUCCUAGAUUUUACAGUCGACAAGGACGAAUUAUGUCAAAAACCUAGCCAACUUGCAGCUUCGAGUAAAAUUAUAUUAUUCAUGGCAGAAGAACGAAAGCAAAAUUCAACUUUCGAUGAAAUCGAUAAAUUACUUGACGAUGAAGAAUUUUGUCGAGCAGUAGAAGCAUUGAAUGACGAUGCAGACAUUACUGUUCACUCAUCAACACAGACGACACCGGAUCCUUUAAAUACUGCUUUUAUUGAGGAGACCAACCUCAAUGAACAUCAACAAAGUAAUUUAUCUCAACAACAAAGUAGUUUAUCUCAACAACAAAGUAAUUUAUCCGAACAACAAAGUAGUUUAUCUGAACAACAAAAGAGUUUACCUCAACAACAAAGCCAAACUAUAAAUGAUGCAUCAGCCAUCCUUCGUGAGUUGGCAGAGAUAACGACUGAACAUGAACAUGAACGGAUCGAUCAACCUUUACCAACAACAACAGCAGCAGGAAACUUGGUCGAAAUAGUUGAUCUAUCACCAUCAACAUCUCGUACGAUCGAUCUACGUACACCGUCACCAACAACAAUCGAUCUUUCUACACCUGCACCAAUUACGAUCGAUUUAGAUUCACCUCAAAUACCAUCCAAUACUAACACUACGGACUCACCACUUCAUUUAAGUCCAAAAUAA